AGACUUGAGAUGAGAUGGAGGCAUGCAGACGCAGAUGACGCGUCGCUGGCGUGCAGCGGACGUGAGCCUGAUGUGGGCGGGGUCUAGUAGCCGGAGUCGGGCGGGCCUUUGAGUGGAGCGCUGUUGAGAGAACCGGGCAGCGUGGUCGAUUCUGUGGAGGAGACACGCCGCGAAAUAAAAGUUAUUUCGAGCGCUAACCACAAAUUGUCAAUAUGUCUGGGGAUGACGAUUCACAGGAGCAGACCAUCGCUGAUGACUUGGUGGUCACCAAGUACAAGAUGGGGGCUGAGAUCGCUAACCAGGCCCUGAAGGUCGUGGUCGACGCGGCCAAAGCAGGUGUACCUGUGCUGAGCCUCUGCGAUAUGGGAGACGCCUUCAUCAGCACAGAGACUGGGAAAGUCUUUAAAAAGGAGAAGGACAUGAAGAAAGGUAUUGCUUUUCCAACAAGUGUCUCAGUCAACAACUGUGUAUGCCACUUCUCUCCUCUGAGGAGCGAUGCUGAAAUAAUUCUCAAGGAUGGAGACCUCGUUAAAAUUGAUCUGGGUGUGCAUGUCGACGGCUUCAUAUCAAACGUGGCCCACAGCCUUGUCGUUGGAGUGACCAAGGAUGCGCCCCUGACGGGCCGGAAGGCUGACGUGCUCAGGGCCGCUCACCUCUGUGCUGAGGCCGCCAUACGCCUGGUCAAGCCUGGGAACCAGAACUCACAAGUGACAGACGCUUGGAACAAGAUCGCCAAGUCGUUCAAGUGUUCCCCCAUCGAGGGUAUGCUGUCCCACCAGCUGAAACAGCACAUUAUUGAUGGCGAGAAAACGAUUAUUCAAAAUCCCAACGAGCAGCAAAGGAAAGACCACGAGAAGGCCGAGUUUGAAGUUCACGAGGUGUACGCCGUCGAUGUGCUGAUCAGCACCGGCGAGGGAAAGGCCAAGGACGGCGGGCAGCGGACCACCAUCUACAAGAGGGAUCCCAACAAGGUGUACGGCCUGAAGAUGAAGACAUCUCGGAUGUUUUUCAGCGAAGUGGAGAGACGCUUCGAUGCCAUGCCCUUUACUCUCAGAGCCCUUCAGGAUGAGUCCAAAGCCAGAAUGGGAGUCGUUGAGUGCUCCAAGCAUGAGCUGGUUCAGCCGUUCAACGUGUUGCACGAAAAAGAGGGCGAGUUUGUUGCCCAGUUCAAGUUCACCGUUUUGCUCAUGGCAAAUGGACCGCUGCGAAUCACAAACAGCCUGUUUGACCCAGAUCUCUACAAGUCUGAGCAUGAAAUUGAGGAUCCAGAGCUGAAGGCUUUGCUCCAGAGCUCUGCCAGCCGCAAGGCCCAGAAGAAGAAGAAAAAGAAGGCUUCCAAGACCGUGGAGAGUGCAACCGGGCAGGCGAUGGAGACCGAAGCUGCAGAGUAAAUCCAUCCUUCUCAGCUUUUUAUUUUCCAAGAAAAUACUGACAGACAUCAGAGGACCCAAAGAACAGAUGGUCAAGAAUCCUUCCAUCCCAGCUGUCUGAGGGCCAGUUUGGCCGACGUGAAUACCUCCAAAUUUAAUGUCAGAUUGGGAUUUUGCUGCUCCUCAAUAAAACGUGUCCUUGGCACAAAACAGAUUCACCGAAUAUUAGUCAGAAUUCCAAGAGGAUCUUGAGGGCAUAUACUAUUAUUUUUCUUUCCCACAUGAAGAGUAUCCAACUUGGCUAAAAACUGUCAAUUAGAUCUACAUUAAAUAGGACGGUUCUCACUGUGUGACCUGGAGUAUUUCUACACAGCAGGCUGCCAAUGUAUUUGUUUGGGACAUUUAAACCUUUUGAAGUUAAUCCAUCCAUUUUUGAAAAACAAGUAACAAUUGUUCACCUGCUGCUUGGGAGGAAAGGGAUUUAACAUCACAUUAGGAUCCUAAAGUCACAUGCAAUCAACAAAAGCAUGCUAAUAUUAGUUUAAUGCCAGCACAUAUACUUUGUUCUGGCUGCAUCUAGAACGUACACCAGUACAACCGUUUGAACUUUCCUUUUAGCAUCCAUCACAUUUCAAUUGGGUUCUUCUGCUUGUGGAAAAUUGAGUAAAUAUACAAUAUUUUUUAUUUUGCUCUGUACAUGGAGUAGGUUUUUCAGAUUUCUCCAUUUUUUUGGAUUUCGUAUGCCACUACUGCUUUUAAGGAGUUUAACAUUCUGUUUACAUAAGACUUCCAUAGCUGUUUAAUAUGUGGAUGCUUUUGUAAAACAAAUCCCUGUUUCAGAGACUAUUUUUGGAAACAUUAAAAAGCCACCUGACACCACAUGCAUGCUUGUUUUUCUGUAUUGAGCUGUCCAGUGAAAACUUUGUUUCGUCACUUAGUCAUGAUUCUAUAAACAAAAGCCUAUACACACGCAAGCAAAUGAUCUCCGUUUUUGCGGGUGUCUAUACGUGUCAUACAUUUUUAAAUUUUAUAAAUCGGAAAUUAGGAAAUGUCGAUUUUUAUUUCUGAAUGUUUACUAAAUUAAAAUGUCUGCUGAAUGCAAGUGUUGGAUUGGGAUUGUUUUAUGUAGGAACUAGUAAUAUAGGCCUAUAAAGUUUAUUUGAUUAAACUUUUUACUGGUACACAUGCAAUGUUAACAUAUUGCAUUACAGAGGGUUUGAAGACAUAACAUCUCAUGUUUUCAAUGGGCCAGGGAAAAUGGAUAUAGAUAGUUGUCCUUGUUGAACUUUUUUUUUUUGAAGAGCCCUGGUUUUGAAUUAAAAUUGCUAGGACAUCUGCAAUAAAUAUGAGACAUGGGCCUGUUAGAUUAAAUGAGUGUUUGCCAAAGUAUUAUUUACAAAUACAUUUUACAAUAGGUUCUAAUUAAACAUAGCAAAUGUUACUAUCUUAUUAACUAUCUAAAUGUAAUGGAGAAAUAGCCCGACAUGUCCCCACAUUAAUAUACAUUACUUUUUUGAAAAGUCUUACACCUUGUGUUGAUUGAUUGUAUAAUGAUUGACAAAUCAGUGAUAAUUAUUGCUAGCCCUUUAUGUCAUCGGGUACUAACAGGAAAUUAUUUCAUUUUUUAGGUUAUACAAGUCACGUUAUUUCCCUCGACACAAAGACAUAAUCGACUAAAACACUGUCUCAGGAGCCUUUUCUUGUGUUCCUCUUAUAAAUUGUAGUGGUACUUUCUAUAUUAUUGCAUUGUUAGGGGAGCCCGAGACUCAAGAAUAUGCCGGUCCUUGGAACAAAAAAGAUUGGAACCCCAGCUUUAGGUCCCUACGCUUCUCAAGAGCGUCCAGCUGUCAAAAAGUCCAGCGGCGCCAACCCUAUAAAUACCGAGUCGCUCUUUUAUGACGUUCUUCCUGGACCUUCUCUUGAGAGACUAAACUCCUCAACAUGAGAGCCAAGUGGAGGAAGAAGCGUAUGCGCAGGCUGAAGCGUAAAAGGAGGAAGAUGAGGCAGAGGUCCAAGUAGAUGCCCCUUCCAUGACUACUAGCUGUGGUCAUUGCCAGCCCUUCAGGACUUGCGUUGAUCGCCGCUGUCGUCCAGGACCCCUGCGGACCACUGACGUAAUACCAGCCGGACAGUGACUUCAUAUCAACCAGCUGCAGAGGCGUAGCAGCGGGCCGGCUUAUUGAUAUGGAAGAGCUGAGUCCAGAUCUGGAUAUUUUGGACUUCGGACUCCCUUAUGCUCAUCCGUUUUUGUUUAUACUGUUAUGAAUAAAGAUUUUGUUUUUUAAAACGAUUAAAUGGUCUGGAUUCCUAA